AUGGCAACUGAAUAUCGCGGCCACGGAACGCCACUUGCCGAACUUGGGGUGAGAUACUUCAACGCUGCCGGACCUCAACGAGAAAUGGCAGCUCUUGCGCACUUGUCGAAUACUGUUACCGUCCCAUCUAACGUCACGACCGUCCAUAUUACUGGCCAACUUGGGCGCAUCGCCGACGGUUCCAUCCCCGACUCCAUCAAAGAGGAGUUUCGUGCAGCGUUUGUGGCCGUUGAAGAGGCGUUGAAAGUCGCAGGCGCGGAUGGGUGGCGGUCCGUGUAUAAAGCCCAAACAUACCUUACUGUCGAGGGGACGGAAGGGCUUCCCCAUUAUGGCGAAUUAGUCAAAGAGUUCUGUGGCCAGAACAAGCCAGCUCAGACCGCGGUCACUGUACCUCAACUGUUAUGGCCCAAAGCUCGAAUUGAGAUCUGGGUCGAGGGUGUGAUGUCCACGACUGGGGCUUGA